GAGAGAGAUCGCCUCACCCUCAACUCUAUGAUUUGUGAGAACUGAAGAGUUAGUGUGCGCGUUUAAACUGAUUCGAACAUUCUGGCUUGAUCAGGAAAGAAAAACUUUUUUAUUAUUUUUGAGAGGAACAAUAUAAUUCAGACAUGAUGAAGCGGAUUGUGGUAUUAAUUGGACUGCUGGCAAUCGAGACCUUUGCGUCUGUGCUGCCGCAAAACGAUACAAGCUAUAUUCGGACAUUUUCAGCUGAUUUGCGGCCUGUGGUCGGUGAGCCCUUUGAUUAUCUGGAUGUUCAGGAGGGCAGUGGCUCUGGUUCCGACCAUGCAUCCAAACCCAAGAAAGAUCACCACCCUGCUGUGAUCAAAAAGCGCUACCACAUCUCUCAAGAAGCAUCCAAAUUCCUCACUGGCAAUGUGGUGACCACUGUCAUCCCAACAAUAUACACUUUAGUGUUCAUCAUAAGCACUCCUCUAAAUCUCCUGGCGCUUGUCAUGUUUGUGCGCAAAGUAAGACCGAAGAAACCAGCGGUGAUUUAUAUGAUGAACCUGGCCUGCGCUGACCUCCUCUUUGUGCUCGUACUCCCGUUUAGGAUAGCCUACCAUUUCAAUGGAAAUAACUGGAUAUACGGGGCUGGGAUGUGUCGUUUGGUCACGGCUGCUUUUUAUGGCAACAUGUAUUGCUCUGUGCUGCUGAUGAUGUGCAUUAGUGUAGAUCGGUUUAUGGCUGUCGUCUACCCGAUGAAUUCUCUCACCUGGCGCAGUCCUCAAAGCGCAUCCGUCGUGUGCAGCGCCAUGUGGCUUUUGUCCAUCGGCGGUGUGAUGCCUUUGCUGAUCUCCAAUCAGACCAUUCACCUAGCUGACUUGGGCAUAACCACCUGUCACGACGUCCUUGACAUUCAUCACCUCCGCGAGUAUUACCUGUACUUCUUCCCCAUCCUCUCUUCACUUUUCUUCUUCAUCCCGCUAAUUUUUAGCACCGUCUGCUACGUGCGCAUCAUCCAAGCCUUGUGCGCAGCCAACGUGGAAAACCGUACGAAAAAAACACGGGCUGUCUUCAUGGCUGUCACGGUCUUUGCUGUUUUCGUCAUAUGCUUCACCCCCACUAACAUCAUCUUGUUGUCACAUUAUGUGCGGUUUGCUCACAAGUACAAUGACACAUCCUACGCUGCUUAUCUGGUCUCCAUGUGCAUUGGAAGCAUCAGCUGCUGUUUAGACCCCCUCAUCUACUACUUUGGGUCAUCGCAGUGCCAAAAGCAGGUUCUUGCUUUUCUGAAGUGUCAGUGGAUACCAAUCAUUGAGAGGAGUGAACAGUUUACCAGCAGCACCAGGUCAAGCAAUUUGGAGACCUUAAAAAGCAGCGUGAGUAACCAGUACAGGAAGCUGAUGGCAUGAGCCACAAGGUAUUAUGAGGACUUUCAAUCAGUAUUUGGUGUACCAGGUCCAGCUAAUAUAGGUUGUUGGAGUUGAUUGCACUGUCAUUAAUUAGAAAUGUUUAAUUGAGUGCAACUGUCUGGUUCCGGAAGUAAAAAUCCCAUAAUUGUUUUUCCAUAGAGGGAAUUAAUUAUUAACCAUAACUUAUAAACCUUUAAAGACAGACCUAAUGUGUGCUCUGAGGUUGUCAAUCGAUGGUAUGUAUAUGCUUCUGCUGAAGCCAUAAAUCUGCAUUAUUUCAAAUUAAUUUAAAUAAAAAAUCCUUUAAAUAGCAGAAUUCUUGAAGAUCUACACUGUGGGUUAUUUCCAUUCAGAAGUGAUCAUCCCUGUGCCCUAUUCCCUCUUAAGACUUUAACUUUAACUGUGAGAGCUUAGUAGGCAGAAAGUUGUGGAGCACAAAAAACAAUUUAAUCAGGACUCCCCUUUAAAGUAUUUUUGAAGCAAUCUUACAGCAUGUGCCCUUUGGAGGCUGAUUUAUCCCGUUUGGAACACAAAGGUUAAUAUCAUGAUCUAACAGAGAUAGAUACACCAAUCAGAAUCAUGGCAAACAGAGCAAGCCAAAACUAUUAGGGCCCCUGCAGUGAUGACCCACUCACAGUCAUGUUCUGUGACUUAAGCAAGUCGGUCUCCCUACACUCUACAUAUACACUGAUGAGCCAAAACCUUAUGACCACCUGCCUAAUAUGCUGUUGGUCCUCUGCGUGCCGCCAAAACAGCGCCGACCCACCAAGGCAUGGACUCUGCAAGACCCCUGAAGGUGUCCUGUGAUACCUGGCACCAAGACAUUAGCAGCAUAUCCUUCAAAUCCUGUAAGUUGUGCUGUGGAUCGGACUUAUUGGUCCAGCACAUCCAACAGACGCUCAAUCGCAUUGAGAUCUGGGGAAUUUGGAGGCCAGGGCAACACCUUGAACUCUUUACCAUGUUCCUCAAACCAUUCCCGAACAAUGUGUGCAGUGUGGCAAGGCACAUUAUCCUGCUGAAAGAGGCCACUGCCAUCAGGGACUACCAUUGCCAUGAAAGGGUGUACCUGGUCUGCAACAAUGUUUAGGUAGGUGGCACGUGUCAAAUUGACAUCCACAUGAAUGGCCGGACACAGGGUUUCCCAGCAGAACAUUUCCCAGAGCAUCACACUCCCUCCACCGGCUGUAUCCUGGUGCCAUCACUAGGUAAACGGUGCACACGUACACGGCCGUCAAUGUGAUGUUAAAGAAAACGGGAUUUAUCAGAUCCAGGCGACCUUCUUCCACUGCUUGAAGUCCAGUUCCGACGCUUGUGUGCCCAUUGUAGGCGCUUACGACGGUGGACAGGGGUCAUCAUGGGCACUCUGACCGGUCUGCCCCAUACGCAGCAGGGUGCGAUGCACUGUGUUGUGUGACACAUUCCUCCCGUAACAUCAUUAAAAUUUUCUGUGACUUGUGCCACAGUAGACCUUCUGUCGGUUUGGACCAGACAGGAUAGCCUUCGUUGCCCUUACGCAUUGAUAAGCCUUGGGCGGCCAACACCCUGUUGUCGGUUUGUGGUUUGUCCCUCCUCACACCACUAUCAGUAGGUACUCACCACUGCUGACUGGGAGCACCCCACAAGACUCCAGAGAUGCUCUGACCCAGUCAUCUGGCCAUAACAAUUUGGUCUUUGUCAAAGUCGCUCAGGUCUUUACUCCUGCCCAUUUCAACACAUUUCGUUUACCAUCUAAUCUACCCAGACCUUGACAUGUGGCUUUGGUAUGAGAUGAUCAAUGUUAUUCGGUUCACCUGUUAGUGGUCAUAAUGUUAUAGUUCAUCUGUGUAUCCGAAUAUAUAUGAAUAUUUUGCAAUAUACUUAAAAUAUAUUAUUCUACACCUAUAACCAACAACUUUAAAUCAAUAGUUUUAUAUAUUUCCAUCAUGUUUAAUUUGAUUACAUAAUUCGCAAUGAAUAAUGGGAUUGUAGUUCUUUACCUCAUAAGACAUUAAGUACAGUUUUGUACCUUUGUCUUGUCUGAUUUUCAAAAGUUUUUGCUUCAUAUCAAAGUCUGUAAUGUUUGUAAUGGUUCACCUCGGAGCUGGUUUGUUUGGUUCAUGGCUUAGAACUCUUUUAUGAAAUCCCUAUGGAAAAAAUGUAUGGGAAAAACACUUCAGGAACCAAGACAGUGGGUGGACACUGUUGAGCUCUAUUGAUAACAUAAUUAUUAUUAUUAUUAUUAUUUGUAGCUGAGAGAGGUGUCCCUCUAUUUGUGCUUGAAUUGUUUCUGUACUUUUAAAACAUAUUUUAUAAUGUAUACAUUUCUACUUCAUUUUUGUAUUCUUUUGUGUUUUUAAAAAACUAUUGUAUAUUUGUUACUAAAACACUUUUGUAUAAAGAGUAGCAGAUAAUUAAUGCUUGUAAGGACUGAAAUAAAAUUGCGUAUAUUUCUGUG